CGCGAUUCAAACAUCACAAGGGAACAAACAGUCCGUCAGACCGGUGAGGUUAAUGAGAUGAGUACAUCAGGUUUCUGACCCCUGCAUGGAAGAGGCCAGCGAUGAGGGGCUUUUACUCCAAGCUGGACUCCUCAUCUAUAGGUAUGGCUGUGCCUCUGAAUCUGGCCGUGGAGACUGAAAAAGCGCAGGCGCUCCUCCAGACGUUCAGCACUGCCUCUCUGUUCGCCAGCGCAGGCCUGGGCGCUUUCUGUUUCGUCGCUGACCACUUCCUGACACUACCCUUCAUCCAGCAUCAUCUGUGGCUCAGGGCUCUUUUCGAUAACACCGUUCACGCCAUCAUUGGUCUGUGGUCUUGGGCCAUUGUGAUCGGCUUGAGGAAGAAAAGUGACUUCUAUGAAGUCGUCCUGGCUGGGUUUCUGGCCUCAGUCAUUGACUUGGACCACUUCUACAUGGCUGGAUCAUUGUCAAUCAAAGCUGCUGUGAAUCUGCCACACAGGCCUCCUCUGCACUGCUCCACCUUGAUCCCAGCACUCUGCUUCUCUAUGCGCCUCCUCAUGUGGGCCUGCCGGCUCAAAGACUCCUGGUGCUCUCUGCCCUGGAUGCUUUUCAUCUCGCUGACUUCGCACCACAUCCGGGAUGGCGUUCGCCAUGGCCUCUGGGUCUGUCCAUUCGGCAACACUGCACCAAUAUCAUACUGGCUGUACGUGACAAUCACAGCCACGCUCCCUCAUCUGUGCUCAGUGCUCAUGUAUCUGACCGGCACCAGAGACAUGAUCUCCACCAAACAUGGCGUCGCUAUUGACGUCUGAGACAAUCGAUUUCACUUUCUUUCUUUACUUUUCCCUGCAAAACGUGAAGCUGGAAAUAUCGCCAUUGGCUCUGCAUCUUUGCCAUUCCUACUUUAUUCCUUCUUGAGAGAUUGUGUCAGUGUGUUUGAUACUUCUGACUGCUGUAGACGUUCAGGUAUCAGUGCGAAAUCAGGUUACGUCGACUGUGGAGACUGUGAAUAGUUUGGUAUGUACGGUGUAGGUUAGGGUUGGGUGAUACAUUUUUUCAGUGUGAAUGUCUGUGUGUGUGGAUGGAGUAAACUAUGUAAUUUGUUGCUAAUAAUGAAUCCUUUAUUAUAUUUUGUCACAAAUACAAUAGAAUAGUAAAUAGCACCAUUUGAGUGAUAAGUAAAUAGCUUGUUUAUUGUUUUGAAUUAGUUUAGUUAAUCGUAAAGAUGUGGUGACUGGUUAAAUGUUGGGAAAAUCUUGCCAUUACUUAAAAUUUCCAAGUGUAGGGAUUUCUGCUGAAAUAAUUAGAUUUUCCCAAUGGACAUUUGCAGAACAAUAUGUCUGAACCAUAACAGUUUUUCUUCUGAAGAUCCAAACAUGUCCAAACAUAACUGUAUAGAUGACAAUAUUAGCAUCCGUGUCAAUGCAAUGAUGGCAACAUUCUUUUCAUAAAAAAAUGAUACUCUGCAAGUUUGUCUGCAUUCUUAAAUGUUUGCACUCUUUCAAAACAGAAUGGAUUCUGAUUGACUGAAAUUAGUUUUAAUCAAAAUUGUAUUGCAAUGUCAUGCCAAAUGCAGUUUUUGCAUUUAUAAGCACCUUUUCUAAAUGUUUUCUAUUGGCAGCGAGUGUUUUGCACCUCGCAUUCUAACUGCCUGCUGCACCUUGCAUUUUUAUGGGUUGGUCUGUGUGCCUGCAGAUGAAAACAAGUAAACUCUGUGCUGAAAAAUGCCUGACGUCAUGCGCUCCAGCACCAUGACCAUUGAUAUACAGUGGUUGCCUAGCAACAUAAGAGGCGCAGCACAAUGCUCUUUUCUAAAAUCAGCAAAUUGGCCAUACACUCCGCCUUGUGUUUUCAGAAAUGUAAAACACACUCUAUUAAUUUAUUUUUUAGCUCUAUUUUUAUCAUUAAUAUAAGUUAUCAUAUUUGGUAUGAAUGAACAUUUAGAAUAGCACAACUAUUAAAGGUAGUUUUUAAUUACAUAACAGUUUUCAACUAAAAACAGAAAACUUUUUAACUUCACAUUUUGCCCAUUAAUUUACACCUUUGCGGCUCAAAAAAAUUACUUUUGAAAACAGGUUUUACAAAGUAUGUUUUUAAAACUGAUACUGUUACCUUUAUCAUCUCAGUGUAAAUGUCAAAAAAAUCCAAAUUAGUUAAAACCACAAUCAAAACAAGAACUGUGGACUACAGAUUUAAAUUUGCGUGCGUAUGUGUAGUGUUUUUACUUGCUUGUUUGUUUGUUUGUUUGUUUAUUUAUUUAUUUAUUGCCAACUACUGGUUUGACGUGAAAAGUACAGCAAUAUUUAGUUAAUUUUGUGUAUCCAUGUGAAUGGGUAACAUUUUGACAACUCCUGAAAAACAAAUCUUCGUUGUGUAAACAUUAACAAAAAUGUCACAAAAGUGUCUCCUGAAAGAUUGUGUGAAUGUUCGAUAUUAUCACCCAGCCCUAGUGUAGAAGGUCCGUAAACACCCUUACAAACCUUAUUUAAAAGCUUCAGCAUUGUGUUUUCAUGUUUAGCUUCGUGUUAUAGACUUGUCUACCCAAAUAAUGCAUUUAUUUUUUGAAGGAGUCAGACACUAGAAUAGUGGUAAGACUUACAAUGUGUCACAUGUUCAGGAAUAUAUGCUCAGAAUGGUGAGUAUUGAUAGUGUUUGUGCUUGUGAAGCAGAGGCUGUGCUUGUGUGUGCAACAUUACUGUAGGAUUUCUUGAAGGAAUUGAGUCUCUUUAGUGUUUUGGAGUGUUUGAACCGCACUGCUAGUUUAUAAUGGAAAGUGUUUAGGGAUUGGAUAAACAUUUCUGUUGUUGCAGACGAUUACUGUUGCCUUUUUAGCCACAGGCAUUGGAAAAACUGUAAAUAUGAUGUGUUGACUUUCCAAACGCAUAGGAUUUUAAAUUAUUUAGUUAGAACUGUUAUUAAGUGUGUUUGUGUACACAUCACAUCUAAGGUUCAUAUUGGUUGAAUUUAUAUGGGACUAAAUACUCACUGUGUCAUUUUUCCAGAUUUAAUUAUUAGUCCAACAUUGCUUAUUGUUAGGUUUUUCGAUGUAGGUUUUUCGGGCAUAGUGUUUAUACUAUUCAUAGCAAUGCAUUCUGUCUAUUCUAACAGUCAAAUGUUUUGGAUCAACCCAGUUUUUUUCAACAGGAAUUUUGUACUCCAAAAAUGCUUAAUCUAUGUUUGUAUAAGUUCACCCACUUCAAACAUGUUUUGUUUGGUCAAGAAAUGAAUUAGAAUUUUGGAAUAAUAAUUUUUUGCAGCAAUAAGCACCUUUUUAAAAAUGUUUCCUAUUGGUACUGAGCAUUCUGCAUGGUUUAUGUGCUUUCUAAGAGCACGGGUCCACCGAAUCGUUUUUUCCUGAGCUGAGCAUUUUUUAUGCUCUUGUCAGUGGAAGUGUCACACUUUUUAAAAUCAGAAUCAGAAUCGGUUUUAUUGCCAAGUGUGCUUCACACACACAAGGAAUUUGUUUUGGCUACAGAAGCUUCCAGUGUACAUAAAGUGACAUGUGACAACACAAAAUAAUCUGAAAAAAAAUAAAAUAAUAAUAAUAAAAAAUGAUGAACAUUAAACAGAUGCGGUUAGUGAAGAAACCUGGAUGUUGAGUUAUAUGUACAGAUUGUUAUAAAUAUACAGGUUAUAAGGUGCUGUGUACAAGUGCGAAUGUAGAAAGUAUUGCAUUGUAUAUUGAUAUAAGGUGCUGUGUACAAGU